UUUAUAUUUAUUUUGCACCGAAAUCCGUACUUGGGUACCAAAAGCCUCCCUUAGAAAUGCAUGGCACGAAGGGAGUUCCAAAAUGUUGCCGAAGCCAAGAAUUAUUCAGAUGUAUCACUCCAACAUGUUCUCAAUAGUCAAUAAAGGAAUUUCAUUAAAAUCCGACAAGCAAGUCAGAGUUUAGGGGUAUUCAGAUGUAUCACGCCAACAUGCUCUCAAUAGUCAAUAAAGGAAUUUCAUUAAAAUCCGACAAGCAAGUCAGAGUGUUGGGGUGUCUAAAUGUGUAGAACCCCCCCUAUCUCAAAAAUCCCUCAAAAAAAACCACCAUCACCACAAAAACCAAAAUAAAAACUCAACCAACCACACUCCCCAAAAAAAAAUCCAAUGAGUAAACUAAAAAAAAAAUACUAGUUUUAUUAUAUUAAAACUCAAUAUGUUUGUGUGUGCGUGUUUGUGAGUGUCUAAGUGUCCUGUUAACUCCCCCCCAAGCCUUUUCCUACGACUCAACUCAAAAAACUUUUCAAAGCAAAACAAAGUUUCAAAAGGUAACGACGAGCAAGGGAUUCAAAAUAUUUUUUGUGCUUGUGCUUGGUGGCUGUUGUAAGCUUAUGCUGGACGCUUAAAGCUUAAGCUUAACAGAAAUCGGAAAGCUUACGCACAAAGUUGGAGAUUAUUGGUACAUAUUACAAACGACCGUUGGCUGUGACGAAGCACAAGUAUGCGCCAUGCCAAAACUGAGGCAUUACAUGUCCAUGGAUCAACCAUCCGCGACCACAAUAAGGAAAAAGACGAUGACGGCAAUAUGCUUCGUCUGCAACCUGCUAAUGUCCCAUCAAGUGGGCCUGGUGUGGUCGGGUGGCAACGGAUGGGAUGAUCUUGUCAGAGAACAGGUAAAAUAGUUGAAAUGAAGUUUUGUAGAGGAGAUAUGAUAAUAAUUUUUGUUAAAACUUGCAGCUGAGGAGUCAACGAUACGACAGCGAUUGGGUGGACAGGAUUCGGCAGCUCAAAUCAAUACGCCUCCUAGUACUUCACCGCCGCCGGGUCUACAACGUCGUCGUCGCAGUUCUCUGGCCCAGCUAACCGAUUUGUUGCGCGAAUGGAGCGGUGGCGUCAAACAUCAAAGCACCCAGCCUCAGCGCACCACAAAGGCCCCCCUCAAUCGGCGUGAAACUUUGGCCGAUUUGGCACGUAGUUUACCCUGGCGCACCACCACAACAGAUGCAUCCACUAAUGUGGGAGGUUCCAAUUAUGUGGCACCACGCAAAAGAAGGGAAUCCAGUGCCGAAUCGGGGUUAAGAACUGCCAGAGCUCGCAGAGAUUCAAAUACCACUGAAUUUGUAAGACACUGGAAUCGUAGGGAAAGUAGCACAGCGGAUGAGCCGACCGUGGUGUCGGUUUCAGUGGUGGUGGAGACUUCUAAGGGGAGCUCUCGUCGUGAUUCGGGCGAGAGCAACAAUUCCAGUCGCCGUGACAGUUCCAUAGGUCGUAUUAUAACACCUUCAACAACACCACCUCCUCCUCCACGCAUAGGUGUCAGUGCGGUGAAGCGAGACUCACUGGCCGCUCCUGAAUUUCCCAACUUCCGCUAUGAACAACGCCCCUCCACAAGUUCGGCUGGUUCCGAUUCAAUUCAAUAUUUCUCUACUUCUUCCCACAAUCAGGUUGACUCCAGCUGCCAGGCGCUGCCGCCGCCUACCAUAAUCACCAGUUCGGUAACACCACCGGCUACAAGUCCCACAGCUCCCAAGGGCAGGCGUGAUUCCACCACACAAUGUGGUCGCGUCAAUCGUCGCGACUCCAAGGCGGGCAUAAGUCCGGAGAGAGCCCCUAGGCUGCAGCGUUUACAAAGGCAGGCAACAGCCUUUGAUGAGAGUUGUUUGCCUGGAGGCAGCCGCAGGGGUUCACAACCAGCCCUCAGUCCAGAUCCUCCAGAGGAGGGUCAAAGACGUAGUUCCAGAAGGGAUUCCCUAAGUCCUGAUAGUGCUUCGCGGGGAGCUCGCCGCGAUUCACGCACCCAUUUAUCACCCGAUCGCAGUCAUGAGCGUGAUGGUAGCCCCCAUCGGCGUCAUGCUUUGCGUCGCCAAAGUUCUUCAGCCGCACGCAGCUCAAGAUCACCAGAUUCCACCAGCAUUUGUUCGUCACGUGAUGCCAGUCCCUGUGGGCGGGCACCACCACUGCCUGUAGCAGAAAAUGCCUCAGCCAGACCUGCCAUACGACGUCAAUCGACCACCGAGGAGAUACUGAUAUCUCGGGGAUUUCGCCGCCAAUCGACCACAGAGGAGAUGAUACGAUGUCGAAAUUUUCGACGUCAGAGUUCGCAAAGCGAUGAUGUGUGUCGUUAUCGCGGUCGUCGAGAUUCAAGUGCCCAAAUAAUCGAUGGCACCAUUGGCACCAUGACUGUGGAAACCACAAGUACCUUCUUUGAUUCCAGCACACAGACAGAACCUUCACCACUCUAUGAUAACAAUCAUUAUCAUGAGGAAUGUUUACGCUGCAAUUCCUGUGGUCUGAAUUUGACUGGGCGUAAUCAGAAACGGGCCAGAAGAUUCAAGAACCAUAUACUCUGCGACCUGCAUUUUGCAGACGUUGCCCUCAUGGAGUGCUCCGAUUUUAUGCAACAGCUGAGAAGCUUUAAACCCCAGUCCUUAGGUUGUGCUGUGGCGCGUCGCAAAAGUUCAACAACACUAAUAUUUCCACUGCCACCGCAGGCAUGUUCAGAUGAAUUCUGCGAAGAAUAUCCCCAUAAUUUAAUGCCCACCCCUGGUUAUUGGAUAGAAUGUUCGCGCCAGAAAAUCUCAUUGCCUCCCAAUCAUACGAUAUGGGAUGAAAGCGAUUCGGAGCAUGAGGAUAUAAGGGGUGGCAAUACUAGCGAUGCCUAUCUGGAACGUGAGUGCAGUGAUCUGUAUGAGGAUGAUGAGGAUUCGGAAGCAACACCCAGUCCUAGGAAAAAGACAACCAUCGAGGAUCAAUGGGAACAAAAUGGCGCCUUCGAGCUGAUAUCGGUGGAACAAGAGACCUAUGAGAAAUACUUUUUUGGUCAUGAACAUUGGAAUUAUUUCACCAGCGAUGAGGAUUUGGGUCCAGUGAUAUUGUCCAUCAAACAGGAGACCCUCAAUGGUAGAGAUCAAUUUCGGAUAUUGGUGCGUGCUGGUUCGUAUACGGUUCAUGGCCUAAUACCUGCCUCCUGUGUCUUUGCGGAUAGAUAUAAUCGUGAGGAAGUAGUUAGAUCCUUAGGCAAAGAAGUUAAUUUAAAUCCCCCUUUGACAUUGGGCCAAUUGCCGGACACACCCGAAGAAUUGCUGAAAUUAGAUCAAGUUUUUAUAAAAUCUGAAUUAAAAGUAGGUGUUAUCUAUGUUAAGGAGGAUCAAUACACGGAAGAGCAAAUUCUAGACAAUAAUGAAAAUUCAUUGCUCUUCGAUGAAUUCCUAACCCUUUUAGGUGAUCGUGUACGCCUAAAGGGUUUUGACAAAUAUAAAGGUGGCCUUGAUACAGUACAUGAUUUAACAGGACUGUAUUCUGUAUAUACAAAUUGGCGUAAUAUAGAGAUUAUGUUUCAUGUCUCUACACUAUUGCCUUAUGAGCGACAUGAUCCUCAAAAACUGCAACGGAAACGUCACAUAGGCAAUGAUAUUGUCUGUGUGGUCUUUUUGGAGGCAGAUAAUACCCGCUUUAGUCCAGCCUGCAUAAAAAGUCAUUUUCUGCAUACAUUUAUAUUGGUAAGGGUCUCAGCGAGAAUAAAACACAAACCUACCCGCUAUGAAGUUUCAGUGGUGACGAGAGACGAAGUUGGCGCCUAUAAACCUUAUUUGUGGGAACAAUCUGUGUUUGAAAAAGGACCAAUGUGCAGAGAAUGGCUAUUGACGAAAAUUGUUAAUGGUGAACGUGCCUCAUAUUCAGCGCCAAAAUUUGCCCGCAUGCAAGAGCGUACACGCUCCCAAAUGCUGGAGGAUUUGGUAAUGAAUUUAUCCAAUCACGCUGAGACCGGACAAAUACCCAAACCCUAUCGACGGGGCUCAUGGCGGCCAAUUGGUCACAUGAGACCCUCGUCGCCACUAUUGGAUUCAGUGCGUGAUCAAUUUGAAGAUUAUGAUCAAUUGGCGAAAGAUUUUACGCGAGUUUUUCUGAAUAUAGAACCAUCGUGCCUAACAAAUGCUCAUCUAUUUGAUGUCACCUUUCUGGUGGGACAAUCGAAGCAGAAAGCCCGUUUCAUAGGAGUGCGGGCGAUAUUGGGUGUAAGAAGUAGAGUGUUUCAGGAAAUGCUUUAUGGCAUUCAAACCGGUUUCGGCUCCCCCCAAAUACCAGUUGCUGAAAUAUUUGCGCGUCCCGCGCCCUCAUUGGUUUCACCACAAAAUCAAAAACCCAAAAGUAAUAACUAUCUCACCGUGCCCGAUUCCGAUUCGAUACGACCGAAAAGUGUGCCUUCCUCACCCAUGGUCAAGAGGGCAUUCUCGCGUCUGGGCACCAUCACUGCCGGCUGGGGUCGUUCCAUACGCAAUAAGAAUACCAAUCAACUGAACCCGGAGGACAAAAAGAAGUGGAUAUCCUCAACAGAUUGUUCGAACAGGGAUAGCAAAGAAAAAGACAAGGAUAAAUCGGGUAAUAAUUUGGCUGUGCCUAGACUAUCCGUGUGUGCGGAUGCCCAGAAAGUGGAUCGAGCGAAAUUGGCUCAAACAGAAUUCACCAUUAUCGAAUUUGAUCCGGAUACCUUUCGUGUGCUAUUGGAUUAUUUGCAUACGGGGACAUGUCCUCUGACUUGUGUCUCAAUACCAGGUCUUCUAUGUGCUGCCGAACAUUAUGAUCUACCCGAAUUGCUGCAGGCCUGCUUUCAUCAUUGCAAACAAUUUCUACGCAUCGAGGUGGUGUGUCCUAUGCUUAUAUCCUUGGAAAACUACUAUUGGCGUUACACUUCCGCUUCCGAGCUGGUCAAUAUGAUAUUGUCCUUUGUCGAGAAUAAGGCCCAUGCCUUGUUCAAAUGUCCCGAGUUCCUCAAUCUCUCCGAGUCCAUGGUGCAAAUGAUCAUGUGCCGUGAGCUGCAGUGUCCCGAGAUAAGAAAAUUCGAAGCCAUGUUGGCCUGGGCCAAAUACAAGGUUUCCAAAAUGAAGGUGCAUCCCAACAAGGAUACCCAAUUCGAAUUCGAGUGCAUUAUGGAACGUUUGACGCGUGACCUGAACUUGUGUCGCAUUUCACCCAGUGAAUUGCUGUCGAUUGUGUUGCCCUCCAAGGCAUUGAAGAAUGAACGCAUCAUGGAGACACUGAUGAUGCAGGUGAACUUGGGCACUUAUCGCAUGCAGGAAUUGGAUGAGUAUCGCCAACAGUUGCGCAGCCAAGAGUCCGCCGAGGCGGAAGUCCAUCAUCGGGGUGGGUGAGAUAGUAAGAAUGUUAGUUUCGAUAUUGAUCGUGGUGGUGGCAGUGGGGCCAGUGGUGGGGAUGUUUCAAACGCUUACGAUUCCACAGCCGAUGAUGAGGUGGAAUUUUAUAAUGAUUUUGAUGCAGCUCCCACCACCAGCCGCGUGGCAGCCCAAAUGCAGGCAGCCAAGGAGGCCAGAAGACGACGUUGGGCUGGCGAUGGUUCAUCGGCGGGCAGUAGUGAAGGUGGCAAGAAAUUUUAAGCAAGUUAGAAAUGGAGAAGAAAAAGAAGAAGCAAAAGGUGAGAAACUUAAUUCUUUUAUUUUUAUUAAAAUAUUAGGGUGUCCAAGGUAUAUGUUUUCAAGGUUUUCAUAAUUGCUGGCAUGUUGUAGGGCCUUUGAAUUAAGAUGACAACGUAUUUAAAAAAUUAUAAAAUUAAAA